AUGGGUGUAUCUAAAGAAGUUGUAUUAGCUUAUAUCAAAGAAUAUUUAAGCAGGGAUCCAUCCCUUUCCAAAGUUGAAAAAGCCCUUGAUAAGGCAAUCGGUGAUGAAAUUGAAUUACCAAAAGUUGAACAAAAAUUAGAAGAAUUUGUCCCAGUGGUAGAAGAACCAAAAGAAGAAGAAAAGGAAGAACCAAAGAAGAGUGAAAGCUCCUCUUCUGAAUCUUCUUCAGAUAGUGAAAGUAGUUCUUCAGAUAGUGAAAGCUCCUCAUCUGAUAGUGAAAGUUCUUCUUCAGAUAGUGAUAGUUCUUCAUCUAGUUCAUCUUCAUCAUCCUCAGAUUCUGAUUCUGAAUCUGGUUCGUCAAGUUCAUCCUCGGACUCAGAAUCUUCCAGUUCAUCCUCAUCGUCAGAUUCUGAUUCAGACUCGGAUUCAUCCAGUUCAUCUGAUUCGGAUUCUGAUUCCGACUCAGAUUCAAGCUCAAGCUCAAGCUCAAGUUCCGACUCAGAUUCCAGCUCCGACUCAGACUCAUCAAGUUCUGAUUCAGACUCUUCCAGCUCAGACUCAGACUCAGGUUCAGAAUCAGAUGACGAAUCUUCCGAAGAUGAAAGUGAAACCAAAAAGAGAAAGUCCGACACCAAAGACGAACACGUCUCCAAAAAGCAAAAGCCAGUCGAGUCAUCUUCAUCUUCAUCUUCCUCACCUUCUUCCCCAUCAUCCACAACCUCAGAAAUGGACAGUAUUAGUCCGCCAACUUCAAGAGGCAUAUCAGCCACUCCAGAAGCAGAAUUAAAACCAGGACAAAGAAAACAUUUCAGUAGAAUAGAGAGAGAAAAGAUUAGUUUUGAACACCAUGCAUUACAAGAUAAUACUUAUAAAGGUGCUGCUGGUACUUGGGGUGAAACUGCAAAUGCUAAAUUGAUGCAAGUUAGAGGAAAAGAUUUUACUAAGAAUAAGAAUAAGAUGAAGAGAGGAGCUUAUAAAGGUGGAUCUAUCACUUUUGCUUCUGGUUCUUAUAAAUUUACUGAUUAG